AUGAAUAAUAAUGUCGUUGUUUUUAGCAGGGCUAAUCAGAAUGAUGAUAGUGAAACUUCCUCCGCUUUGCCUGAUUAGAUGGAGUCUCAAGUGGAGUAUCUGAAGACAAAAUUGAAAUUAUGCACCUAAACUUUGAAGACAUAGGAGGCUUAGAUGAGGUAAUUACGAUAAGAGAAUGAGAAAUUAAGAUAACUGAAUGCAGAUUACGUUAAUUAGAUGAAUCAAAUGGCAUCAGACAAAUACCAGAAGAUCGAGAAAAUAGUUGUUACUCAAUAAUUUUUUGAAUAGAAGAAUAUCGAUAAGCAAUUGAAGGAUUUUAUAAGAAAGAUGACAUCUAAUUUUGGCGGUCUUGAAAAGAGUCACAUUAAAUUGAUUGAUCAUUGCAAAGUGAUGGAACAUGAUUUGAAUUAUUAUAAGUAACGAGUAGUGGAUGCAGAAGAGAUUAUAGAGAAUCUGAGAAGUGUUGGCAAGACCAGUGUUGCAGAACUAAUGGAUGAAUUAAAAGGACUCUAGAACCAAGUGGAUGAUCUAACAAACCAAUUGCAAAAAUCUCAAUUUGAUUUGGCUGUCAAAUAAGGUGAAUUGGAGAGGAAGCAAUAAGAAUUGGAUGAUCAGGUGGCCUAAUGCGAGUCAUUGCUGCAUGAAUUAGAUGAUAUAAAGACAAAGCAAAACAGGAUUUUGAGUGAUAAUAUAGAGUAGUAGAAUAAAGACGCGAAGAUGAUUUAUUAAUUGAAAUUGAAGAGUGACUUUCUGGAACAUGAACGCAGAUUGGCAUAUUAGGAUGCUCAAUGUGCAAAUUAGGAGAAGAAUAGUAUGUUGGCUAAGCAAUAAAACAUAGAGACAGAAUUGGAAAUGUUGAGAACGACAACAGACAAUUUCUUAAAGAAAAAUAAGCACAUCUUCAAUUUGGCUGGACUGCCUAAAGUGUAGUUCAAAUGA